CCUUCCGGCUGAAUAUGCUCAGCUCUCAACCCUCGAGAUUUCUCCUCCCCAGCAAUUUCCUUCUCAAAUUCCCACGCUUUCCCGCCACCCAAACAAGAGCGUUAUUUAACAGCCCGUUUUCUUCCCUCUUGGACCUCUGCACUAGACCUCAACACCUUCACCAAGUUCAUGCCAGGUUCAUCCUUCAUGGCUUACACCAGAACACAACGCUCUCUUCGAAACUCAUCGACUGCUAUGCCAACCUUGGCCACCUCACUCUCUCCCGAAAAGUUUUUGAUUCUAUUGUCAACCCAAGUUCAAUUCUUUACGGCGCAAUCUUACGGAAUUUGGCAAAGUUUGGUGAGUUCGAGAUGACCCUUUUGGUUUACCAAGAGAUGGUCAUGAAAUCCAUGUACCCAGAUGAAGAUACUUACCCUUUCGUUUUGAGGUCAUGUUGUUGCUUGGAAGAUGUUGGAAAUGCAAAGAGGAUUCAUGGGCAUGUCGUGAAAUUGGGUUUCGAUUCAAAUGGUAUGGUGAGUACCGCAAUGGCAGAUAUAUAUAGAAAAUGCGGUGAUUUCCAGAACGUAGAAGAGCUAAUCUAUAGGAAUUCAGUUUGCCGUUUGGAUUAUUGGAAUUCCUUGAUUUCGGAUGCUUCGCAAAGUGGAAACGCAGAGGAAAGUUUUGCGCUUUUUAAGAGAAUGAGAAUGGAAAAACUAGAGCCCAAUUCAACUACUGUAAUCCACCUGUUGAGAUCAAGUGUUGACUUGAACUCAUUGGAGGCGGGAAAGCUUGUGCAUUGUUUGAUUAUUUUUAGCAACCUGUGCGAGGAUUUGUCCGUGAAUACUGCUUUGUUGUCUAUGUACGCCAAGUUGGGUGCUUUAGAACACGCGGAAUUGCUAUUUGAGAAAAUGUCUGAGAAAGAUUGUGUUGUUUGGAAUAUAAUGAUAUCAACGAAUUCUAGAAAUGGAUAUCCCCAAGAAUCUCUCCAACUGCUCAGACGCAUGGGAAGAUCUGGGGUCAGAGCUGAUUUAUUCACUGCAAUUCCUGCAAUCUCUUCCAUUGCACAGUUGAAAGCUUUAGAGUUGGGCAAACAGAUGCAUGGCCAUGUGAUCAGAAAUGGUUCAGACUAUCAAGUUUCAGUUCAUAAUUCUCUCAUUGACAUGUAUUGUGAAUGUAAUCGCUUGAGCUCUGCAAGAAAGAUUUUUGACUUGGUAACCAACAAGACCGAGGUUUCAUGGAGUGCAAUGAUUAAAGGCUAUGUGACCCAUGGUCAGUCUGUUGAUGCUCUCUCUCUCUUCACCCACAUGAAAUGUGAUGGAAUCAGAGUAGAUUUUAUUACAGUUAUAAACACCCUGCCUGCUUGUGUGAAUGUCGGGGCAUUAGAGAAUGUAAAAUACCUUCAUGGCUACUCCGUGAAACUUGGUCUUAAUUCACUUCCUUCUCUUAAUACUGCACUUCUCAUCAGCUAUGCAAAGUGUGGAUGCAUAGAGAUGGCUCGGAAGGUUUUUGAUGAAGAAAAGGUCAACCAUAAGGAUAUGAUCGCAUGGAACUCUAUGAUCACUGCGUAUUCUAAGCAUGGAGACUGGCAUCUAUGCUUUGAGUUAUACAACCAAAUGAAGCUCGCAAAUAUGAAACCUGAUCAUGUAUCCUUUCUUGGUGUACUGACAGCCUGUGUAAAUUCAGGACUCGUUGAGGAAGGGCAAAGGCUUUUCAAGGAGAUGAUAGAAAAAUAUGGUUGCCAACCAAACCAGGAACACUACGCUUGCAUGGUGGAUUUACUUGGGCGUGCCGGGCAUAUCAAUGAAGCCAGAGAACUCAUCAAAACCAUCCCCUUUGAACCAGAUGCUCGUGUUUGGGGACCUUUGUUGAGCGCUUGUAAGAUGCAUUCGGAAACGGGACUUGCAGAGUUUGCUGCUAAGAAGCUUAUAGGUAUGGAACCAAAAAAUGCUGGAAACUAUAUAUUGCUCUCAAACAUAUAUGCUGCAGCAGGAAAGUGGGAUAGAGUUGCUAAAAUGAGGCUUGUACUUAGAGAUAGAGCAUUGAAAAAGACCCCUGGUUGUAGCUGGCUAGAUAUAAAUGGACAUGUACAUGAGUUCCGUGUAGCUGAUCAAUCUCAUCCAAGAUCUGAUGAGAUAUACACAACAUUAAGAAUCCUGGAGUUGGAAAUCAAGGAUGCCAGAAAAGAGUCGAGAAAAUUGUCCAAACACUAACUUCAUUCACUGGAGCAGAAUUUAAAUUUGUAUUUUUGUGGACACUGGUCUUCGGGAGGACAUAUUUAGUGUCGAAAAGAAUACGGGAAAUGAUCCCUGUUGUUCUAAUAUAUAUAUAUAUAUAUAUAUAU